UGGAAGUUUCCUGUGUGGUAGCUGCUAGCUUACCACCUCAGUGUAGAGUAGAAAACGGACUGUCGCUGGAGAGCAAAGAAGAGGAGAGGGGUGAAAAAAGCAGUGAAAUGGUGUAAAAGCUGAGCAAGUCCAACCCGAGUCAGGGGACAAACGAGGAGGGACGACGCAGGAGGAUUAUUGUUCUUUGUCUAAUUAUUAUUAAAGUCAGUAAACUCCCGCUUUUUGAUGCUGUCCUCACGGAGGUUUGAGCCAAUAACGGACUUAUUGGUCGGCUGAACCAUGCAGAGGCUGCUGCUCCUGAGUUUGGUGUUGAGUUUUCAAACUGUCUCUCCAGUGUGGACGGCGAGGUUCUCUCAGGAGCCGGCAGACCAGUCGGUGGUGCGGGGCCAGAGGGUGAUCCUGUCCUGUGUUGUCUUCAACUACUCAGGCAUUGUUCAGUGGACCAAAGAUGGCCUGGCUCUGGGCAUCGGAGAGGACCUCCGGGCCUGGCCCAGAUACCGCGUUCUGCGCGUGCAGGAGUUGGGCCAGUACAACCUGGAGAUCCUGUCAGCUGAUCUGUCUGAUGACUCUCUGUACGAGUGCCAGGCCCCUGAUGCCGCCCUGAGGUCCAGGAGGGCCAAACUCACUGUCCUCAUCCCCCCAGAUGACCCGGUGAUCGAUGGGGGUCCGGAGGUGUUGCUGAAUGCGGGGGAGUCCUACAACCUGAGCUGUGUGUCGAGAGGGGCCAAACCACCUUCUAUGAUCGAGUGGCUUAAAGAUGGUCUGCCUGUGGAGGGGGCUGCCAGUACCACUGAAGUGCUUCCAGACAGGAAGAGGGUGACCACACGUAGCUAUCUGCCCAUCCAGCCUGUCGACACUGACACUGGGAGGAACUACAGCUGUGUGGCCACCAACCUGGCUGUUCCUACUGGCAAAAGCACAACUGUCACCCUCAACGUACACCAUCCACCCACAGUGACCUUGUCCAUUGAGCCUCGCUCUGUCCUGGAGGGGGACAGAGUCACCUUCACCUGCCAGGCUCACGCCAACCCUCCUAUUAUGGGCUACAGGUGGGCUAAGGGGGGCGUGGUGCUUCAGGGUGCCAGGGAGAGUGUGUUCACAACCAAGGCCGACCACUCCUUCUUCACCGAGCCUGUCUCCUGUCUGGUUUUCAAUGCUGUGGGAAAGACCAACGUCAGCAUCCUGGUGGACGUUCACUUCGGUCCAAUUCUGUUGGUGGAGCCGCAGCCAAAAACUGUAGACGUUGACUCCGAUGUCACCCUCAACUGCAAAUGGGCUGGAAACCCUCCGCUCACGCUCACCUGGUUCAAAAAGGGUUCAAACAUGGUUCUGAGUAACAGCAACCAGCUGUAUCUGAAGUCGGUGAGCCAGGCGGAUGCAGGCCAGUAUGUAUGUAAGGCCAUCGUCCCACGGAUUGGAGUAGGAGAGACUGAGGUCACGCUCACCGUCAACGGUCCUCCCAUCAUCUCCAGUGAUCCAGUCCAAUAUGCAGUGAGAGGGGAGAGAGGAGAGGUGAAAUGCUACAUAGCCAGCACACCUCCUCCAGAUAAGAUUGUGUGGGCGUGGAAGGAGAAUGUGUGGGAGAAGGAAAAGGGGACGCUGCUGGAGAGGUACACAGUGGAGCAGAGCAAACCAUCAGCGGAGGGCGGGGGCGUCCUCUCUACCCUCACCAUCAACAACGUGAUGGAGUCUGACUUCCUGUCCACCUACAACUGCACGGCUUGGAACUCGUUUGGCCCAGGCACCAUGAUCAUCACGCUGGAGGAGACCGAGGAAGUCCCAGUGGGGAUAAUAGCUGGUGGGACAGUGGGCUCUACCAUCCUCCUGUUCAUUUUUCUACUGGUCCUCGUUCUGAUCUUCUACCGGCAGCGCAAAGGCAGUCGGCGUGGGGUCACGCUGGGUAAGCCCGACAUCAAGGUGGAGACGAUAAACAAGGAGACCCACAGCUUGGAGGAGGACUCCGGCAGCGUGUCCACGGCUUCGCGCAUGGUCAAGGCCAUGUACUCGUUUCUCCCCUCUGUGUCCUUCUCUCCUUCCAAUCAGCCCUUUAAAGAUGACAUAGAGCUCAAGUCUGACCUCCGCAGUGACACCCUGGACACCCGCCAGGAGUAUGACCUUAAGGACCCCACCAAUGGCUACUACAAUGUGCGAGCCUCCACCCAUGAUGAAGGCCGCCCGGCCUCCCGCUCCACCUUGCACUAUUCUGACUACCGCUCCCCUGCAGGAACACCAGGGGGAGCUGCAUCUAUAAGCAGCAGUGCCGGAGGCUCAGGGGCCACAGCCAGUGGAGGAGCCCCUGGUCCCCCUGGCCCCCUCACCUCCCCUGGCCGCCCCCAGGCCUGUUACGACCCCCGGCCCCCCUCUAGACUUUCCCACAUCAGCUACGCCCAGUUCAACACCUUCACGCGUGCGGGCCAGAGCCAGCAGCCCCCGCCUAACCCUGCCCCCGUGGCCAGCGACUUCCCAGGAGACUGCAGCCUCCUGGACUCCACUUCCCAGCUGGCCUACGACAACUACGGAUACCCCUCGCAUUACCAGACCUACCGCAUGGGUUUCGCCCCGUCCAGCCUGGCCCCGUUGGAGGCUGGGCCAUCCUAUGAAAUGUACGGGGUGGGAUCUGGGGUGGGACCUGGGGUGGGACCCGGGGUUGGGAGCCCCGGGGUCGGUGUGGGUCCCGGGGGUCCCGCUCCCUCGGGAUCAGAGACUGGACUAGGGAAGUACGGCAGCUCCACUCGCUUCUCCUACACCUCGCAACACUCUGACUACUCCCACAGCCGACACACACAGAGGAUGCAGACUCACGUGUGAGACAGAGAGACGCAUAAACACCUCACAGUCUUAGCAGAGCAUGAGGAAGCAUCUUAUAAAUAGUGUCACAUCUAAACACACACACAGCCAUAGAUUUACACGCACACAUUUUCGCACACGAACACGCCCUACUGAACACGACUACAGAAAAACCAUCACACACACACACGCACAGAGUCAGAAGACCAUGCCCAUGAGACAGGGAGGGUAUGAGAAACACAGAGAGAGAGAAAGAGACGAGUGGAAAAGAGGGAGUUUUAGUGAAACAGGGAAGGGAAAUUCCACACAGUUUUGAAUUCCCUCACUCCCGAUGUGUUUGUAUAUCUGAGCUCUGAAAGAGCGGGCGGCGCAAGUCACAAUCAAGACUGGGAAAAGAGCAAGAACCAGAGAGAGGACAAAAGAUCACAGAUCUUCGGAGCCCCAUAGCUUUUGCUAUGAACUGACUUUGUAAAUGAUGAGAGAGAACGUCUUAAGGCAAAACUGGCUGACUGUCAAAUAUGGUACACGCCGAUCGGGAGAAACCUCAACCAGUGGAAGUCAUUUCUGGCCGCCAUUUUAUAAAUUUUUUUGCUGGUUGUCUUAUUCAGUGAUCAUAGAGCACAUAUAUAUAGCAUCCCAGAAUGCCCUUGUGUACAGUGGUACAUGCCAUCAUGCCUGUUAGACGGCGUGCGGGAGUAUGUUGGGGGCCGGGGUGGGGUCGGGAGGGUUGUCAUCAUUUUGCACUGCAUUGACAGUAUUCAUGCUUAGACGUCCCUUAUCUAUAUCUGUGUAAUGUCUUUUUAUUUGCACACCAGACUAGAGCUUUGUAUUCUAUUUUUUAACAUUACAGAAUUAUUUUUGUCAAUGUAAAACAUGUAAUGUGUAUGUAUGGACCAAAAGUUUGAGCCCACUUUAACUCGGGCGUUCGCCUGGGUGAUUCCACUGAGACAGGAGUGAAAAGUUGUGUCAACAGCAGAGCCUGAAUUCAGAAGGGUGUAUCAGUGUACAAAAGAAACCUAGUGCCAAGUCUUCAUGUUGUUCUUCACCUUAGACCAUGUAUAUGCAGUAGAAGCUCCUUCUAUUGGUGACUGUUGCUUUACAAACCAGGCUUGGGGCCUUGAGUUAUUCCCAGACAUUUUCGUAGGCUGGAGCCUUUUUCUCAGAGCUCCUAACUACAAGCUUGGUGCAGACAGAGAGAGAGAAAAACACAGAUGUUGGGUUUAGAACUGAGUGGCCUUAUAGGGGAACAUGUCGUACAUUUCCAUUUUGAAUCAUUCCUUAUCGUCUGUCUGCCAAAACGGCCGGAGGAGAAUGUGUAUGGAGAGGUUCAAUGAAGGCUUGUCCACAAUAUUGACAUGUAGUAGUGUAUGACUGCGAGUGAGUGGGUGUGCGAGUGUGUGAGAGAGAGAGAGAGAGAGAGAGAUCAAGAGGGAGUGUGUGGGCAUUGGCGCGCACAUCGAUUUGUACAGUGUGUUUGUAUAGAUGUGUGAAUGACUGCGCGUGGAUGGGAAGCAUACUGUAAACACGCAGCGCCCAACUCGAGCGCGCGCGUGGCUAUUGUAUGCAUGUCCGUGUGUAUACAGUAUGCGUGCGUGUGUGCAUGUCUGUGUCUAAGUGUGCGGGUGUGUGUUUCAGUAUAUGUCCAUAUCAUUUCUCUCACAAUCCUGUUACAGUACUUUUAUACCUCUGGUAGGACUGUAUCCUGUAUUAUUGUGUCUUUGAAUUUAGAAAAAUCCAAUGUUUAUCUUAAUGUACUGUUCUUCGUAGCAGAGACAACUGUUCAAAAGAUGUACAACGAACGUUAUCAAACUCUCAUUUUUUAAUUUCAUUAUCUUCAAUAUUUUUUAAAAAUGGUAUGUAAUUAUUUUUCCACAGUAUUACAUAAAUAAAAGCACUGUUUUUUA